CGCAUUCUGUGAUUGUCAACAAGGAAGAUGGCGACCCUUCACAGGCAGAACGCUGCAGGACGAAGGAAAGUACAGGUUUCUUAUGUGAUCAGAGAUGAAGUGGAGAAAUACAAUCGUAAUGGUGUCAAUGCUCUUCAGUUAGAUCCUACUCUUAACAGACUCUUCACAGCGGGCAGAGACUCCAUCAUCAGAAUAUGGACUGUCAAUCAACACAAACAGGACUCGUACAUCGCUUCAAUGGAGCAUCACACAGACUGGGUGAAUGACAUCAUCCUCUGCUGUAAUGGAAAAACAUUGGUAUCGGCCUCUUCAGAUACCACAGUCAAAGUCUGGAACGCACACAAAGGAUUCUGCAUGUCUACAUUACGGACACAUAAGGAUUACGUCAAAGCUUUAGCAUAUGCUAAAGACAAAGAGCUGGUGGCUUCGGCCGGGCUGGACAGACAGAUCUUUUUGUGGGAUGUGAACACACUUACGGCUCUGACCGCCUCUAACAACACUGUCACGACUUCUUCAUUGAGCGGAAAUAAGGACUCCAUCUACAGUCUUGCAAUGAACCAGUCGGGAACAGCUAUCAUCUCAGGAUCCACAGAGAAGGUCUUGAGGGUCUGGGAUCCACGCACAUGUGCCAAAUUAAUGAAGCUGAAAGGUCACACAGACAAUGUCCGAUCUUUAUUGCUAAACAGAGACGGAACUCAGUGUCUCUCCGGUAGCUCGGAUGGCACGAUACGAUUGUGGUCUCUCGGCCAGCAGCGGUGUAUCGCCACAUACCGGGUCCAUGACGAAGGCGUGUGGGUCCUGCAGGUGAACGAGGCCUUCACACACGUCUACUCCGGUGGACGGGACAAAAAGAUCUACUGCACAGAUCUGCGUAACCCCGACGCACGUGUGCUGGUGUGUGAAGAGACUGCUCCGGUUCUAAAGAUGGAGUUGGACAGAUCAGCAGAUCCUCCUCAAGCCAUAUGGGUGGCCACGACCAAAUCAUUUGUAAACAAAUGGUCUCUGAAGGGAAUGCUUAACUUCAGGACAUCUGGGGAUUAUGACAAUGACUGCAGCGCCCCUUUAACUCCACUGUGCACUCAACCCGAGCAAGUCAUCAAAGGUGGCACCAGCAUCGUUCAGUGUCAUAUUCUCAAUGACAAACGGCACAUUCUCACCAAAGACACAGAUAACAAUGUGGCAUUAUGUGACAUCCUCAAAGCGUGUAAAGGGGAAGAUCUGGGGAAAGUAGACUUUGAUGAAGAAAUGAAAAAGAGGUUCAAGAUGGUCUACGUGCCAAAUUGGUUUUCCGUAGAUCUUAAAACAGGGAUGUUGACAAUCACACUGGAGGAAAGCGAUUGUUUCGCUGCUUGGGUGGCGGCUAAAGAUGCUGGUUUUACAAGUCAAGAUGGUUCUGACCCUAAAUUAAAUCUGGGUGGGCUUCUUCUACAGGCCCUACUGGAAUUUUGGCCCAGAACCCAUAGUAACCCGAUGGAUGAGGAGGAGAGCGAGCACAACCACGAAAAUGGUGAACAGGAGUCAGAGAGCCGACUUCAAAAGGGCAAUGGGUAUUUUCAGGUUCCUCCUCACACACCUGUCAUCUUUGGUGAAGCAGGUGGAAGAACAUUGUUUAGAUUAUUAUGUCGUGAUUCUGGAGGAGAGACGGAGUCCAUGUUACUUAAUGAGACUGUACCUCAGUGGGUUAUUGACAUCACUGUAGAUAAAAACAUGCCAAAAUUCAACAAGAUUCCUUUCUACCUCCAACCUCAUUCAUCAUCCGGGGCCAAAACACUCAAGAAGGAUCGUCUGUCUGCCAGUGACAUGCUGCAGGUGCGGAAAGUGAUGGAACAUGUUUAUGAGAAGAUCAUCAACCUGGACACCGAGUCACAAACCACCAACUCCUCGGGCAAUGAGAAGCCGGGAGAGCAGGACAAAGAGGAAGAUGUUGCAGUGGUGGCCGAGGAGAAGAUUGAGCUCAUGUGUCAGGAUCAGGUUUUGGACCCAAACAUGGACCUUAGGACUGUAAAGCAUUUUAUCUGGAAGACUGGUGGAGAUCUGACCCUUCACUAUCGACAGAAGUCCACGUGAGAGGCAAAGACCUUUUCGUCUUCCUGUUGAGACUGUCAUCUUGAAUUGCUUGGACUCUGAAUGAAGCAUCCCAGAAUGCCGUAGUGUUCUCGGGUGUGAUGGGCGUAACGCAUGAAAACCGUCAGGAAAGAUCUGUCAGUUGAAGGUUAAGACUAAGUCAUUGUGAUGUGCUGUAAACUUGAACAUUGACAUUUUUACAUGCCUGAUUUUUUCUGGCUUUUUUUUACAUUUUUGUUCAAACUAAACUUCGGUGAUGUCAUGUUCUGUUUGUGUCAUGAUGAUGAAGGUAUGUGUGCAUAUACAGGCUCACUGUGUGAGAUCAAUUGCUUCAUGCACAGAAGUAGCACUGAUAUUCCAGAGACUUUAACUAAAACACAAAGAUUCGAUGCAUCAUGAAAUAACAAUGAACACUUUUAAGCCUUUAUUAUUCUAGGAACAUAGGUUAAGGAUUUAUUUUAAAUAGACUUUUCUUCAAUGUUAAUUCAUGUUUGUUUAUAAUGCAACUUGAAAUGUGGAAAUAAACAACAUCAGAUUGA